CGUCAGACGCAUCGAGCAAAUGUCAACAACAUGCCGGAGACUUCCAGAGAAACAGAAACUGAGGAGGGACUGAAAGACAGACAACAAAGAGACCGACGAAACCAGUUGUCUCAGAACAUCGUGUCUUUAAUAUCUCAGUUCGCAGAUGAUCAUUUAGCAGUUGUGCGGAACAUAAGCACAGGACUGGCAGUUGCUGGUGUUAUUGUAAUAGCAAGGAGUAUCAAACUGAUCACCAAAUUUCAAGCUGCGUCUGAGAUCCCUGCUCGUUUCAUUGAGAGGAACGUCAGCCUUCGUGGGAAAGUUCAUUCAAUCACAGAGAAAGGACUCCAAGUGGAACAUGUCCCGAUUUAUCUGCCAGUCCUCUCUCAGUUACUUUCAAAACACAAAGGUGUGUGCACGUCCCUGAUGCUAGUGCAUCUUGCAGGAGUGGAGUUGACUCCGGAGGGCAGGGUAUGGCUGCAGAAGAACCUGACUCCUGCCCAAACAGUCUGGCUAAAACUUAUCAGCCGAGAAGACGACACACUACACUGUUUGGUGUCUCAAAGCACGCAGGGGUCCAUGUGGAGCUACUGUAUAAACGAAGAGCUCCUCAGGCUUGGUCUGGCCCGCACUGCACCCGUUGUCGGAGUCCUGCCUGACUCUCGCCUCAACUGGCGUCUUCACAAACGGCUGCACAGGGCAGAGGUCAAGGCUGAGAGGAAGGGGCGGGGACUGUGGAAGCAGGACAGCCUAUGGGAGAGGGCCUCCAGGGCUGUCAGGGACAACGCUUUAGUCAGAUUGAUGAGGAGGAUCCUUAAAAGGGACGUGAAGCACUAACUUACCUGUUAUAGCCCGCUGUCAUACUGACACAUGUAAAAGUAGAAGUCUAACUACAGGUUUAGGGGGGAGCCAUCCAUCAUUAAUCAGUCUUGUGUCACAGAUUCUUGCUUCUCAAUGCUGCAAAAAUAGUUAAAAUUCCCUGAAAUUACAAAAAACAAGAACUUUUUUUUACCUUCUUACACCUGUUGCCAAUGUUCCUGUUUAUAUUUCACUGUUUCUGCCUUUAGAUGUUUGAAAAGAUUAAAAAGGUUUGUCUCAAACUCUGAUACUAAUCCCUUGCCUUUCACUUACCCCCUUAAACCACAGCUAACCAUGGCCUCCUCUGCUGUUGUGUGUGUGUACGGGACACCCCACUAAUCACAAGAUGGGGGCGGGGUAUGUUAAUGUCGUUCAAAAUGGAGAGGGGGGUCCACUUGUCCCUCUCCGAGAUCACUGUUGCUAUAGAAACACCAAAUGUGAAAUACAAAGCGAAAUAAAGGCUAUACUCUAAAAACCCCG